AUGGCAAUCAUGUCGCGUGGAAGAUUCAAGAGAGGCGGCGGCGGUGGACGUGGUAGAGGCAGAGGUCGUGGAGGUGGAGGUGGAAGAGGGAAUGGCCAUCGACAAUUCCAAGACGACCGCCUGUCCUUCGACCAAGUGAACAAGCACAACGACAACUUCGAGAAGUUCUACAACACCCUCGAUAUCGUGCCUGCAGGUCCUGACCGAGACUCAUUCUGGGCGACGCUUCGCAAAGAACUCCCCAACUCAUUUCGCUUCACUGGAUCGAAGGGCCACGCACUCAGCGUCCGCGAAAACCUCGUUACUCGAUUCUUCCCCCUAAUCAAGGACAUCAAGCAUGAAGGUCGGCCGGUUGAGCUGCCCAAGCAGAUUCCUUGGUUUCCUGAUGGCCUCGCAUACAGCAUGGCGACGCCGAAGAACGUCAUUCGAAAGUACGAGCCGUUCAAGGAAUUCCAAAAGUUCUUGGUCAGCGAGACUGGCGUUGGCAAUAUCAGCAGACAAGAGGAGGUUAGUAUGAUACCACCGAUGCUGUUGGACGUUCAGCCACAUCACACUGUCCUGGAUCUCUGCGCAGCUCCUGGCAGUAAGAGUGCGCAACUGGUAGAGCUCAUUCACGCAGGAGAAGAAGACAGAGUGGACAAGGCGAUCAAGCUCGCUAAGGGCGAGAUAGCACUAUCCGAGGAUUCUUCGAACGGACAAAACAUGGAGGACGGUGGUCGUGCGACUGGUAUGCUGGUCGCCAACGACGUCAACUACCAGCGAGCGCAGAUGUUGGUUCACCAGGUCAAGCGACUCAAUUCGCCCAAUUUGGUUGUGAUGAACCACGAUGCGACCAUGUUCCCAUCCAUCGAGCUGCCUGCGGUACGAAUACCUGGACAACAGAAGCGUGGCAAGUACCUCAAAUUCGACCGCAUCUUGGCGGAUGUUCCGUGCAGUGGAGAUGGCACCUGUCGAAAGAACCCGAGCAUCUGGAAAGAAUGGACUCCACAAAACGGGCUUGGUCUUUACCUUACUCAAGUACGAAUCCUCACGAGGGCCUUGCAGAUGCUGAAAGUGGGUGGAAGAGUCGUGUACAGCACUUGCAGCUUGAAUCCAGUCGAGAAUGAAGCAGUCAUAUCUUCAGCUAUCGAGCGCUGUGGAGGCGUAUCCAAGGUCAGGAUCGUAGACUGCUCAGACAAGCUGCCGAACCUGAAGCGCAAUCCCGGUCUCAAGGAUUGGAGUAUCAUGAACCGUCAAGGAACCAUCUACGAAUCUUGGCCAGAAGCCCAGCAGUACGAGGAUGAAAGCAGCAGGAUCGUGCCAGGUAUGUUCGCUCCUGAGUCAGAAGAGAACAUACCACUCGAGCAUUGCAUGCGUGUCUACCCACACCAACAGGACACUGGAGGCUUCUUCAUUGUUGCGUUGGAGAAGCUGAGUGAGAUCAAGGCGAAGCCUGAAAAUCAGAGCAAGUCAGGCAACCGGAAUUGGACUUUUGAGAAGCCAGAUGCCUUCGGCGAACUUUUGAACGAAGUCUCACAGGAGCCCAAGGAACCAGUCAUGGUUCCAGAAAGCGCGAAUGCAGACGCCUCUGCUGCCCAGCGGUCAAAUGCACCCGAGGAGACCAAUGGCGGAGCUCUCAAGCGCAAGGCAGUCGAGGACGAAGAGGCUGCGGCUCCGAAGAAGACGAAGCUGGAAGUCACUGAAAACGGAGAUCAGAUUGCGAUCACUGGAGAAGUUAAGGAUGCCGCAGAGAAUGCUCCUUUCGAGAAGGCAGUGCCUGAAGAGGCCAUCCAACAACCUCAAGCACCCAGGAAAAGGAGAGACGACUCCGGAAACGACGAGGCAUUCAAAUACCUUUCGCCUGAGCAUCCUGAGCUGGUUUCCAUCUACGACUUCUACGAGCUGCAUCCAUCCUUCCCUCGAGACCGUUUCCUUGUCCGCAAUCCGGCCGGUGAUCCAGUCAAGGGUAUCUACUACUCUUCACAGCUUGUCAGGGACAUUUUGAUCACGAACGAGAAUCGUGGCAUGAAGUUUGUGCAUGCAGGCGUGAAGAUGUUCAUGAAGCAAGAUUCACAGGGUCAGAACAUAUGCCGCUGGCGUAUCCAGACUGAAGGUUUGCCCAUCAUCGAAGGCUGGGUUGGCGAUGGGCGGGUUGUGAGGUUACGAAAGAAGAGCACCUUGCGCAGACUGCUGAUCGAGAUGUUCCCAAAGCUCACCACUACAAAGAAUGAGGAUGGCACUGAGAGCGGAGGCUGGAAGGACCUUGGGGAGAUUGGUGAACAGAUCAAAGACCUGGGCAUGGGUUGUUGUGUCCUACGUGUGGAAGCGUCGCCUGAUGCGGGCGAGGAUGAGUUUAAGGAACCUCUGACGCUACCCCUCUGGCGAAGCAUGCACAGCGUGAACCUCAUGCUGCCCAAAGAGGACCGACGGGCGAUGCUACUCCGGAUCUUCAACGAGGACACCGAACUCAUCAAUCAUAGUGACCCAAAACAGCAGAGAUCAGACCCAAAGAGCAAGCAGGAGCCUCAGGGCAGCAUACCGGCUGAGAACGAUGCAAGCCGCGUGGAGAGGGAUAUCAAGAAUGAUGUCGAAGACGAUGGGCUUGACGAUGCGGCUGGCGGCGCAGCAGUGCCCAACACCGAAGACGGCGCCAUGGCUUUGGAGCAGGAUGCCGUCAGUAAGAAGGAUGCCAUUGAUAUCAAGCGGUUGGAAGUUCUUGAGGACGAGGACCGGAAGAUCGCUGAGGCGAUGCCUGAGCGAGAAGGCGAGGGUGAUGACUAUAACACGACUGUGUAG